AUGGCGAUCAAAAACAAAUGGUACUAUCCCACUGAUAUUGCCCAUGACCUUGACGAGCUUGACUUGCCCUCCGAGGUCAAGGAGGAAAUCCUGGCGUGUGCUUGGGAAUAUUCGCGGUCUGUGAUUCCCCAGUACACCAAUUGGGAUCGCUACGUCGCAUUCAUGCGCAUCAUCAUUAUUGGCAUCAUCGCCGAGUUCCGCGGUGCCAUGGUGGACGUGGCUGCUGGCCCCGAGGUGCUGGGCUACGACCUCGAUGGCGUCCUGGACGACCUUUUCCACGGCACUCCCGGCCAUCAAGAUAUGGCUCGCGAGUAUAAAACCUUCCUCUUGGUCACAUCUGACAAGGCUAGCCACAGGCGGCACGACAGCGAAUUAUUCCGUCGAUACGUCAAUGCCCUCGUCGGCUCACCACAACAAUGGUUCCGCAUGCGUGACUGCGACGCACUGGCUCGCUUCACAAUUGCUUCGGCCCUGGCAUGCAACGACCUUCUCGAUACAUGGUAUACGGACGAGCAGUAUGACAUCCUCUGCGAGAUUGGAGACACCAUGUACGACGCCGUGGCCUAUUUCAAGCACCGGUCCGAGGGGGAGACCAACAACACAUUUGCCUACAUGCCAGACAACCAGCGCGUCGACGCUUUCCAUCUUGCUCGACAGGUUCUCUGGGCCCUGGAUGUGGCGAUGGCGGGCACACCGGGACACACCGCAGUCACCAACUUUCUACGCAGCUUUGGUGGCCCGAUCCAUAUGAUGAUGCGACGCUAUCGAUUUGUGGAAGAGCAACUCACCAUUGGCAAACCCGAAGAUACGACUGUCAUUGACCAGACCCGACGCAACUUUAAACUCUGGAACCGCGUCGAUAGCAACGGGGUGGUGUCACUCGAUACCAGACGUUAUGGCAUGUCUAUUGACCGGAGUGACGAGCUCAUGUUUAAGGGCUUGGCCGACUACCUUGAAAAUGCCGACAAUAGACAUUGUGCCAAGUGUGUCUACCGCGAUACUUAUGGCGCGCAGGGUGCCCAGUGCUUCGGGGGUGUACAGCUAUGUGGUCAAUGUCGAAGCAAAUGGGGGCACUUCCUCGACACUCUCCCUGAGCGUACUAAGCAGGCGUUUCCAGAUCUUGAUUUGGUGAUUUGA